GUGUCCUCUCGCCAUCCUAACGAGAUAAGCUGUGCCGUAAUCAUGAAGAUCGUUCUUGUCCUGAUCAUUGCAAGCAUCCUCGUAGGAUGUUCGGAUGUCGCCUCAGGAUGCGACUGCGCCUGCAAAGCCUGUGGACCCGGCGGAGAACCCUGCGCAAACUGUGAAAGUAGGGAGAAGCUCUGCCAGAAUCUGGUUUGGCAGGUACGGGAGCUCAAAAAGAAGAUACAGCAGUGCGUCUGCGGAGUUCCUGCCUGGAUGAUGUAAACCCGCCCCAUCCCUCAUUUGAUU